CGUCGAGUGUGGCUGGCGGCCCAUUGAGAGCACAGCACACGCGGGGACCUCAAAACAACUUACCUUGCACUCCUCUUUUCUUCCCUUCUUUCUUUUUCCUCUCUUUCCUUCGUAUUUGUUCGUUGCACGAGAGCAACAGCUGGGUCGCGCGCCGAGGACGACUUCUUUUUCAUUUUUGUAUUAUUUUUUGUGCAGACACUCGUUCUUCUUCCUCCUCACCGUCGUCUGGUCGGCGGCUGGAUGUAAAGACUGCGAGACGCACGCACGCACGCACGCGCGGCGCCGCGAUGUGAAGACGACGACGACGACGACGUGCAGACUUUUGCUUUGACAGCCACUUGACUUGACACCUGGUAGCGCGGGCCAGUCAGCAGCAGGAUCAGGAUGACAAGAUGGCCGGCUGUGUGUUUCCAAUGGGACCAGAGAGCUUUCAGCGCUUCACGCCGGACUCCCUGGUGGCCAUCGAGCAGCGCAUCGCCAAGGAGGAGGCCCGACGCAACAAACACUACCAGGAGGACCUUGGCGACGUGGAGCUCCCUCGGGCCCGGGCCGACCUGGAGGCGGGCAAACAGCUGCCGCGCAUCUACGCCGACAUCCCGUCUCACCUGGUGGGCGUGCCCCUGGAGGACAUCGACCCGUACUACUUCCGAGAUCAGAGGACCUUCAUAGUGCUGAACAAAGGCAAAGCCAUCUUUCGCUUCAACGCCACGUCGGCGCUCUACUUCUUCAGCCCCUUCCACCCCGUGCGCACCGUCGCCAUCAGGAUCCUGGUGCACUCGCUGUUCAGCUUGUUCAUCAUGUGCACCAUCCUGACCAACUGCUGCUUCAUGGCCAUGUCCGAGCCCGCCGCCUGGGCCAAAUACGUCGAGUACACGUUCACGGGCAUCUACACCUUCGAGUCGCUCAUCAAGAUCUUGGCCAGGGGCUUCUGCGUGGGACCCUUCACCUUCCUGCGGGACCCCUGGAACUGGCUGGACUUCAGCGUCAUCGUCAUGGCAUAUGUCACUGAGUUUGUCGACCUGGGUAAUGUGUCGGCCUUGCGGACGUUCAGGGUGCUGCGAGCGCUCAAAACCAUCUCAGUCAUCCCAGGCCUGAAGACCAUCGUGGGCGCUCUGAUCCAGUCGGUGAAGAAGCUGGCUGACGUGAUGAUCCUGACCGUCUUCUGCCUCAGCGUCUUCGCCCUCAUCGGCCUUCAGCUCUUCAUGGGAAACCUCCGUCAGAAGUGCGUCCGCAGCACGGCGCACUGCGUCAACGACAGCCUGCCCGCCAACGCGUCCUUCGUCUGCAACAACAAGACUUGGACGUCCGUGAGGCAUUUCAUCGCCGACGAGGACAACUUUUACAAGGUGGAAGGCGCCAAGGAUGCGCUGAUCUGCGGGAACAGCAGCGACGCGGGGAAGUGUCCCGACGGUUUCGAGUGCCUGAAGGCGGGACGCAACCCCAACUACGGCUACACCAGUUUCGACACCUUCGGCUGGGCCUUCCUGUCGCUCUUCCGCCUCAUGACUCAGGACUACUGGGAGAACCUCUACCACCAGACGCUCCGCUCGGCCGGGAAGACGUACAUGGUGUUCUUCGUGGUGGUCAUCUUCCUGGGCUCCUUCUACCUGGUCAAUCUCAUCCUGGCCGUGGUGGCCAUGGCGUACGAGGAGCAAAACCAGGCCACCAUCGCCGAGGCCUGCCAGAAGGAGCGCGAGUUCCAGCUGGCCGUCGAGCGGCUCAAGAAGGAGCAGGAGGCCUCCGCGCAGAAAGCCCCGGACUCGGACUCGGCGAUGUCGCCGGAGGCGUCUCCCUUCGGCCCGCCGCUGGACCUGCUGGACGAGCGGCGGGGCAGUCAGGCGCUGGUGGGCGUGGCUGACGUGGAGGCCAACCUAUCAGAGGAGAGGCUGCUGCAGGCGGACGGGACGGAGCGCACCGAGCCCCUCCACCCGCCGCCGGCCCGAUCUUUCUCCACCAGAACGCGGCGGAGCAGCCAGGUGUCGUCCAUCUUCAACUUCCGGCUGAGGGGCCGCGGCUCGGAGGCGGAGAUGGCCGACGACGAGUACAGCGUGCCGGGCGACGCGGCGGAGGGCGUCGGGGGCCGCACGUACAGCGGCGGCACCUUCGGCGGAAUCCUAACGCAGCCGCGGCCCACGCGCCGACCCAGCACCUACAGCGCCGCCAGCAGGGGCUCGCAGGUAUUUUAUCCCACUCUGAACAUCAACGGGAAGCUUUUCGUUGCCAUGGACCACAACGGGGUGGUCUCGUCGCCGCCGUCGCUGCAGGGGCAGCUGCCUGCCGGCAUCAUGGAGAAGGUCAAGGAGGAGAGUGUUCCGACGUCCAGCACGGAGCUCAGCGCGGUUCUGCUCCCGCAGCCGGCGUCCACGCCGGGCCCGGAGCGGCGCGGCCGAGCGCCCAGUGCCGCCAGCCACCUGACGGACGCCAUGGAGGAACUGGAGGAGGCCCACAAGAAGUGCCACCCGUGCUGGUACGCGUUCGCCCCCCGCCAUCUGGUGUGGGAGUGCGCCCCCUGGUGGCUGCAGGUCAAGCGCGUGGUGAAGAUGAUGGUGAUGGACCCGUUCCUGGACUUGGCCAUCACCGUCUGCAUCGUCCUCAACACGCUCUUCAUGGCCAUGGAGCACUACCCCAUGACCGACGACUUCAACGGCAUGCUCACCGUCGGAAAUCUGGUGUUCUCGGGCAUCUUCACGGCGGAGAUGCUUCUGAAGAUCAUCGCCCUGGACCCGUACUACUACUUCCAGACGGGCUGGAACAUCUUCGACAGCAUCAUCGUCUGCCUCAGCCUGAUGGAGCUCGGCCUGUCCGACGUGGAAGGACUCAGCGUGCUGCGAUCCUUCCGACUGCUGCGCGUGUUCAAGCUGGCUCGCUCGUGGCCGACACUGAACACGCUGAUCAAGAUCAUCGGCAACUCGAUGGGCGCCCUGGGCAACCUGACCCUGGUGCUGGCCAUCAUCGUCUUCAUCUUCGCCGUGGUGGGGAUGCAGCUCUUCGGCAAGAACUACCAGGACUGCGUGUGCAAGAUCUCCAAGGACUGCUCGCUGCCUCGCUGGCACAUGAAGGACUUCUUCCACUCCUUCCUCAUCGUCUUCCGCGUGCUGUGCGGCGAGUGGAUCGAGACCAUGUGGGACUGCAUGGAGGUCGCCGGACAGCCGCUCUGCAUCCUGGUCUUCAUGCUCGUCAUGGUCAUCGGAAACCUGGUGUUGCUGAACCUGUUCCUGGCGCUGCUCCUCAGCAGCUUCAGCUCGGACAACCUGUCGGCGCCGGACGACGACGGCGAGAUGAAUAACCUCCACAUCGCCAUCCACAGGAUCGGCCGAGGCCUGGCGUGGUGCCGCCGUCAGGUUGCUGAUUUCUUCAACGGCAACCUGGAGCGCCGCCGGCAGAAGCGCAAAGACACCGACAGCGGCGUGAAGCUCAAGCGUCUGAGCUGCGUCCGCGCCGAGGUCAACGGCGCCGUCGCGGGCGCGGCGCCCGCUCCCGACGCCGGCCCCCGCGUCCCGCCCCGCGCCGUGCCCCUCAACCGGGGGCACCUUCCGGGACGCCACGUGGAGAAGUACGCGGCGCCCGACGACGACAGCUACGUGACCGACCCCGACCUCACCGUCAGCGUGCCCAUCGCGCCCGGCGAGUCUGACGUGGAGUUCCCCGACGACGACGAAGACGACGACGACGAGGAGGCGGAGCGGGACGACCGCAGCGAGGAAUCGGAGGAAGAAGGCGCCGAGCGCGACGAGAAGGACGACAUCAGCCUGUCAGAGGGCAGCACGGUGGACCUGAGGAAGCCUGGCGAGGAGGAAGACGAGUACUCCGAGAUGGCCGAAGAGGCCAUGGACCCCGAAAACUGUUUCCCCGACAUGUGCGUGUCCAGGUUCAAGUGCUGCGACGUGGACACGACGGCGGGCGUGGGCCAGAUGUGGUGGCGCAUGAGGAAGACGUGCUAUCACAUCGUGGAGCACAGCUGGUUCGAGUCGUUCAUCAUCUUCAUGAUCCUGCUCAGCUCGGGCGCGCUGGCCUUCGAGGACAUCUACAUCGAGCAGAGGAAGGUGGUGAAGGUGGUGCUGGAGUACGCCGACAAGAUCUUCACGUACAUCUUCAUCCUGGAGAUGAUGCUCAAGUGGCUGGCGUACGGCUUCAAGAAGUACUUCACCAACUACUGGUGCUGGCUCGACUUCCUCAUCGUGGACGUGUCGCUGGUGAGCCUGGUGGCCAACACGUUGGGCUACUCCGACUUCGCCGCCAUCAAGUCCCUGCGGACGCUGCGGGCGCUUCGCCCCCUGCGGGCGCUGUCCCGCUUCGAGGGCAUGCGGGUGGUGGUGAACGCGCUGAUCGGCGCCAUCCCGUCCAUCAUGAACGUGCUGCUGGUGUGUUUGAUCUUCUGGCUGAUCUUCAGCAUCAUGGGCGUCAACCUGUUCGCCGGCAAGUUCGGCCGCUGCGUCGACCGCGCCGGCCGCCCCUACGACGCCGCCCUGGUCGACAACAAGUCCGAGUGCCGCGACCGCCGCGACGAGGACGGCGCGCGCUACUACUGGACCAAGGUCAAGGUCAACUUCGACAACGUGGGCGCCGGCUACCUGGCGCUGCUGCAAGUGGCCACGUUCAAGGGCUGGAUGGAGAUCAUGUACGCGGCGGUGGACUCGCGAGCCGUGGAGGAGCAGCCCAUCAAGGAGAUCAACCUCUACAUGUACCUCUACUUCGUCAUCUUCAUCAUCUUCGGCUCCUUCUUCACCCUCAACCUCUUCAUCGGCGUCAUUAUCGACAACUUCAACCAGCAGAAGAGGAAGAUAAGAGGCCAGGACAUCUUCAUGACGGAGGAGCAGAAGAAAUAUUACAACGCCAUGAAGAAGCUGGGCUCCAAGAAACCCCAGAAGCCCAUCCCCCGACCUUUGAUGACGCCUUCCUCCCCGUCGGUGUCCCGUGCAGAACCACGUGCAGGGCUUCUUCUUCGACGUGGUGGCCGAGCAGGCGUUCGACAUCAUCAUCAUGGUGCUGAUCCUGCUCAACAUGAUCACCAUGAUGGUGGAGACGGACGAGCAGUCGCCGCAGAUGGAGCGCGUCCUCAACAACGUCAACGUGGGCUUCAUCGUGGUCUUCACCGCCGAGUGCAUGCUGAAGAUCGUGGCGCUGCGCUGCUACUUCUUCACCGUGGGCUGGAACAUCUUCGACUUCGUGGUCGUCAUCCUGUCCAUCGUCGGCCUCGUGCUGGCGGACAUCAUCGAGAAGUACUUCGUGUCGCCGACGCUGUUCCGCGUGAUCCGGCUGGCGCGCAUCGGCCGCAUCCUGCGCCUGAUCCGCGGCGCCAAGGGCAUCCGCACGCUGCUGUUCGCCCUGAUGAUGUCGCUGCCCGCCCUCUUCAACAUCGGCCUGCUGCUCUUCCUGGUCAUGUUCAUCUACGCCAUCUUCGGCAUGGCCAACUUCGCCUACGUCAAGCGGCAGGCGGGCAUCGACGACAUGUUCAACUUCGAGACCUUCGGCAACAGCAUGAUCUGCCUGUUCCAGAUCACCACGUCGGCGGGCUGGGACGGCCUCCUCGGCCCCAUCCUCAACAACUCGCCCGAGGAGUGCGACCCGCACGUGCCGCACACCGGCACCGGCCAGCGCGGCGACUGCGGCAACCCGUCGGUGGGCAUCGCCUUCUUCGUCACCUACAUCAUCAUCUCCUUCCUCAUCGUGGUCAACAUGUACAUCGCCAUCAUCCUGGAGAACUUCAGCGUGGCCACCGAGGAGAGCACGGAGCCGCUGAGCGAGGACGACUUCGAGAUGUUCUACGAGGUCUGGGAGAAGUUCGACCCGGAGGCCACGCAGUUCAUCGAGUACGCCAAGCUGUCCGACUUCGCCGACUCGCUGUCGGAGCCGCUGCGCAUCGGGAAGCCCAACAAGAUCAAGCUCAUUUCCAUGGACCUGCCCAUGGUGAGCGGCGACAAGAUCCACUGCCUGGACAUCCUCUUCGCCUUCACCAAGCGCGUUCUGGGCGAGUCGGGCGAGAUGGACGCCCUCAAGCAGCAGAUGGAGGAGAAGUUCAUGAUGGCCAACCCGUCCAAGAUCUCUUACGAGCCCAUCACCACCACGCUGCGGCGCAAGCAGGAGGACGUGUCGGCCGCCGUCAUCCAGCGCUGUUACCGCCGACAUCUGAUGCGCCGGCAGAUGAAGGCCGCCUCCUACCUCUACCGCCAGAUCACCACGCCGCGCCGCGGCCCGACACGGGGCCGCGGCGAGGAGGCCGACGGCGAGGAGAAGGAGGAGGAGGAGGAGGAGGAGGAGGAGGCGCCCGAGAAGGAAGGCCUGAUCGCCGCCAUGAUACGCGAGAACUACGGCUCCGGGCCGGUCGGGACGGAGCGCUCCGAGACCCUUUCUUCCACGUCGUCCCCGCCGUCCUACGACAGCGUGACGCGAGCCGCCGCAGCUUUUCACGCCCGGGUGGAGACGAGCCACGCGGCGGGCACGGCGCUCGACGCCGACGUACGGGACGCCGCGCUGUAGGAGCAAGAACACCAAACGCCGAGGAGGACUUGCCGCCAGAGCCGGCCCGAGGCAAAAGUGAACUAAACGGCCGCUCGGGGGGCCCCGGCCACGAGGGGGCGCCCGAAAAGCGCGAACAUAGAAAUGGGGUGACUUGGAGAAACUUUACUAGCUUUCCCGUUACUUCCUGCCCCCUGCUGGAUGCUCCUGUAACUGCAGCAGCUUCUUGUAAGGCCCCCCCAAACGCUAUAUCCCUCAUGUAUCCGUCCGUCUCUUAUUGGCCGGGCGCUGCAUUUACUGCAUUAGCGACGCGAGUGUUAGCUUGCGAGUGCAAAUAAGCAAGGUGAGCUUAGCAUAGGUUUUGUUAGUACAAGUUGAACUUUGUCGUCAGUUUUUUCAUAGCUGUAAGAUUAUUACUAUUUUUUUAAUAUAUUUUUAGUGUAAUUUGACGAGAAAAAAAAAGAGUUCCAAAUGUUUCUCUUUGGAGCUGUGUGACACUCCAAUGGAAGACAAGAGCAUUGUUUUUGGUUUUUUUUAGGUUUUCCGUCGCUGUAUUGACAUAUUCACAAAUGCGUUCGCCGGGUGGCGGGAAGCUAAGCUAUGCGCUAGCUCCGGAGGCGAAAGCCAACGAUCGUCAAAUGUCGACACGCUGACGUAACGUUUUGUCCUCGUCGCACGCCGUCGUUUACGUUUGACAGAAAACCAAAGUAGACGACAGACGAGAAGACGACAAUCAGUAAAAACAUUCACUUGCGCGUGGUGAACACAAUUAUUGUUACGACGACAAGAGGUAGCUCGUCUCCUUUUUAGCCAGGCGUCCACUGGAAAAGAGAAUUGUUGUCUUUGGCCAGUCUGUGAGGGAUGAGGUCAAAGUUUAGUGAUGGCGCACAAAGCGAAGAAGUCUGAAAAAAAUGCUCCACUUGUUCACUGAUUGACAUCUCAUUCCCAACAAACCACGUGAGUGUAUUUGCACAGGAGAAGAUAUAUACUGUAUAUCUCAUGUAUAUAUUUAUCAGGUUCCUCCCAAAGAAAUGUUCCCAUCGUCACGUUUGUCUACGUCAUUAUUUAUUUCUCAGUGACUUUCUUCCCUGCUUCAUCCUUUGCUUUUCUACGAACACUCGGACACUUUUUUUGCACUGAAGAAACGUGAAAAAACACUCAAACUACAAAAGCGUGAGGAGCAAUAAACGCUCAGCCAGAAAACCUGGAAGCUUCGAGAGCGACACUUUCAGGACCUUCCGGGACCUUCGGAUGACAAAACAGGAAAUGCACAAACACGCCGCUCAGACCUUCUUUGGGGCAAAGUGCUGGUGUUGUCCCGCCCCUUCGAGGGCAGAAAAAAAAGGGAAACCGGCGCCACCUGGACUCGAUUCUGCUGUUGAAAGCAGAAGUGUUGCCGUCGUCGCGUUUGGCCGCGCUGCGCUGAAGGGCUCUUUCCUGUAGCAAUAGACCGCGAGUGUGCCUGCCUGCCUGCCGCGACCGCACUCGACAACGCUCCGCGCCAUCCCUAGCGCCCCCUAUGUCGUCCCCUGGGACUGCACGCCUCGGAUGUGGCUCCUGAUUGGCUGAGACAAAAAAAUGAACACAUUUUGAAAACGGUUCCCUUCAUGGCCGGCCAAACCAACACUUGUCGUCGCCGUGCUGCGGCGCCUCUAGUGGCAGGGAGGCAAUAUUUCCGAAAAAUAAUAAUAAGAGCUGAUAUUUAUAUUGCACAUUUCAAGAUACGAUACACAGUUGGAACAUUUAAUUCAGUGGUUGUUUGGUGUACCACUAGAGCGAGCCCGCGUACCACCAGUGGUAAUCGUACCUCACCUUGAGAACCACCACUAGGUCAUGCAUAGAUUAGGUUAAAAAAGUCAAAAAUAAGUUCAUAUGCGCAUUUAGAAAUGGUUUAUUUCAUAAUCAUAAUUCAUGCUUAUUUUUAUGAUUAUAGUGGACCGCGCAUAUUUGCGGUUCAGCAUACAUGAAAUCUUUUUUUUUUAUUUGAAGAACCUAUCCCCAAUUAUUUGUGGAAACCUGCACCUUUGUAUUUAUUUUUCCCCCAAUCCACUAAUUGACUUUUUUUUCCCCAUGGCAAUUGUAAGAAGCGUCAGUUAUUCGCAGAUUUUUUCGUGGGGUUCAUUGUAAUUUUAUAACAAAACAAUAGUUCAAUUAUAUGAAAAGGAAUUGGGUAUUUGACUGUUUUAUUUUAUUAUUUACAAUGAAUGAAUAGCUGAACAAAUGGUAUCCUAAAUAAAUAUAAACAAUUUUAGGGGGACUAAACUGACAUGAAUGCCCCAAAAUAUAUACAGAACUCUUAGUGGGCCAGAUUAAAGCUUUUAUUCUUUUGUUCUUUCUCAAUCAAAUACUAAAGAAAAGAGUCCACAAGCAGAAACAUAUAAAACAAUGAGAUUGAAUCAAAUAAAAGCACAUUCAAUUUAUUUUUUGGGGGGGGGGGGGGAAAGUGUUUGUUGGGCUGGAGUCCAUUGGGUUGACUUUUGUUUAAGGGCCGAUUGUCAGGAAGAUUCCAUCACGAGCGCCGACGGUUCCGGAGCGGAAUGGACGAGGGCGGUUCACCUUCCUCCCUUCAUUUCCCUUUUCACCAUAAAAGCCGCUUGCUCGUCUUUAAAUCGGAACGGAGUGCACGGGAACAUUCCGACAUCUGGACACCAACAAACAUCUCAAACGUCUUCUCAGCUUAACGACGAGAUGUCGUCCAGGCAACACGAGCACCACGGCAACAGACACUUCGUGUUGGGCAACAGCGACAAUUCUUAGUCAGCGUUUGUACCGAUCCGACCCGCACUGAUUCGUCCACCUGCAAAGUGGAUUUGUACUGGUUCACCAUAAGUGUCGCACUGGUACGACACUGGAUGGACACUCGUUGCGAUACUGGUUCAACAACGGAUUCACGCAGAUUGUUGUACGACACUGGUGUCAAACUGGUUUAACACUGAAUUUACACUGGCGUCAUAAACUGGUGAAUUCACACAGGUGUUGUACGAGCCUGAUGUCAAACUGGUUCAACACAGGUUCAAAACUGGUGUUAUAUUGGUUCAAACAAAGGUGUCAUACUGGUGCCAAACUAGUUGAAAGAUGCUGUUGCAUUGGUUCAACACCAGUCCCACUUGUGCGCCACUUCAUAUUGGUUCAAAACUAGUGUCAAUACUGGUACAGCAAUGGAUUCACACUGGUGUCAAACUGGUUCGAAACCUGUGUGAUAUUGGUUCAACGCGGGUGUCACACAGGUGUAAAACAGGUUCCAUACUGGUGUCAUUGUGGUUCAUGUGAGUGAUGUCAGAAAGUGGGCGGAGUAUCGGCAGGCGCUCACCUCGUUGACGACAGAGGAGGCGGAGUCUUCUGUCCUGCCGCCAUUUUGUGUGACGAGUGUUCCCUUUGGAGCUUUUCUCGUCAGUCUCUCCACAAAAGAACAACAACGCAAUAAAACAGUUGCAUUGAGAGACAGAAAAACGGAUUAAGUCAUAAAAAAAAUCUUCUUCUUCAGACUUUUUUCUCUUUUUUUUUUGCCAGUAAAACAAAAACUUUGGUGUGAAGAAGGAGAAAGUUGUGCCUCAGUGACCCCCAAGCCCCUCACCCCUCACCCUGGUGUUUUACAAACAAUAUUCAUGAUGAUGAUGAUGACUACAAUAAAUAUAUACACUUUUUAGUA